UAUUAUAGGUAGAAUUCUGUGAUUCUACUGCUUAUUAUCACUAGAAUUAGAAUAGUGAGUACUGAAUACCUACCUAAAAUCAUGAUACAAAACAAAUACAAAUCGCUAGUAACAUUUUUUUUUGUGAAGACAUUAUUUUUAUUUCAUUCUCUUCUUAUUUAAAAACUGAUCGCGCGGGACUGAAGGCGUACACUGAUCAGCUACGGAUUCUAUACAAAUUUGGUCCUUUAAUAAAUUUAAUGUUAAGUACACUAUUUUGUGUAUUGAUAGUAUACAACUUCCAGUGACCAAAUUGUUGAAAAUGCUUUCCACAAACUUGUAUAACAACAUCGACCUAGCCAGAAAACGUGAACAACAAAUCGAUACGUUAAAAGUUUUUAAUGAAAAUGUUACAGAAAUUAAUUUUGAUAAAGAAUACUCUGUUGAAUUUCCUACUAAAGCUGGGAAUUUGAGCCUGGUCAUUGAUUUGGGUCCAAAAUUUCCUUUUGAGAAGCCCACUAUGAAAAUUUGCCCUCGAAUUACACACAAAUGGGUGGACACUACUGGUGAAAUUGUUCUAGCUCCUGGAUUGAUGAAUUACACUAUUCACUCUGAUUUGGGGAGAGUAGUACAGGUGAUAAGAAGAGAGUUUGAAUUAGACCAAUCACUUACACUGGCAAAUGGUAUCAAUAAUGAUGGAUUUUCAGGGAAUAUCGCCAUUGGUUCUGUCAAAAAUGCAAUUACAUCUCUCAGUAAUGAUGUUGAAUUUUUUAGUCUUGCAAAACUAACAUCAGCUGAAUUACUACGUUUAAAUAAUAAUGUUGAUUGCCUAGAUGAAUUCAUUUCAGAAUUACCAUCAAUUGAAGCAUCUAAUAAAAACAUUGAAAAUACUAUCACAAAAAUUAUGGACUUAGCAAAUUCAAACAUGUCUAAAGAAGAACCAAUAAAUAAUUUAAAAUUAGAAAUAUCAAAACAAUUAGAAACAAUAGAAAACUAUCAAAAAUCAUAUGCUGGACUUUCAACUAAGUAUGUUAAGUUAUCAGAGAAAUAUUCUCCACAAUCAAUUUCGGAUAAUUUAAAAAAAGCGGCAUUGAAAUGUGACGAGGAAAGUGAACGAAUAGCCGAACAGUUUUUAAAUGGUGAUAUAGAUUGUGAUAAAUUUUUACAAGUGUAUGUAAAAUCAAGAACUGUGUCAUAUACAAGGAAGGCAAAAGAAGACAGACUGAAUUAUCAAUUAAAGCAAUUGAAAGAGGCUGGGUUUUAAAUAUUGUUAUCAUUAUAAUUGAAAAAUGUUAUCAAUUUUAUUAUAUUUGUUUGAAUUUAGUGCAAUAUCAAAUUUGGUUAAUCCAAUUUUGUCAAUGCUUUAUCAUGUUGAUACCAUACCGUAUUAUGUUGAAGCCUUUGAAAAGCUCAACACUCAUGAAAUCAAUAUGUGAUUUGAUUUGUCCCAUAAACAACUUGUCCAAUAGAUUAUUUUAUUAAUACACUAAAGUUUACAUUA